GGGAUCAAGUCACAGCACACAGUCAUAUUCACUCAGUUGCUCUCAGUCUCACUGUCGUUCACAUCUCUCUCCUGCACACACACACUGAAACACUGAACACACUCACACACACACUGAAACCCUGCGCACACACACACACACACACAGGCAGACUCUCACACGCUCUCAGAGGAAUUUAAGGGUGAAUGAGUGAGUGUCGGACCAGACUGCCGUGAAGGAGCAAAGACAAGACACAGAAGAGAAAGUGGACGUUUGUUUUGUUGGAACUUUUGUUUUUUAAAAACUUGGACACAAGUUUUUUUUUUUCCUUCACUGCAGGUGGAGACAAAGAGUUUAACUAAACUCUGAACAAAGCAGAAAGCACUUGUGUUUUUUUGUUUUUAUUGUUGGACUUUGGGACGUGGACUGAGAGAGAGCGCAGUGAGAGGGAGGAGAUGGGGAGAUGGACGUCACGUCUCUCAGUGGGGGUGGGGCUUCUACUCGUCCUGUUGACCCACUGUCACGCUGAAGUGAACCACUGCUACGCUGCCAGGGCUAAGAGCUGCUCCGAGUGUAUACAGGCGGGAAAAGGCUGCGCCUACUGUCCUGAUGAGACCUUUAACGGGCCUCGCUGCGACCUGUUGGGGAACAUCAAGGCUCACGGCUGCAGCGCGCUGAGGAUCAUCACGGCGCAGAGCAGUAUGAAGAUGGAGAAGGCACAGAUGAUCGACACCGGGCUUCAGCAGUCUCAGGUGUAUCCUCAGCAGAUGAGCAUGACCUUCCUGGCUGGAGAGGAGAAGCAGAUGGACAUUGAGGUGUUCGCUCCGACCAAAGGUCCCCUGGAUCUCUACAUCCUCAUGGACUUCUCCAACUCCAUGGAGGAUGAUCUGGACAACCUGAAGAGGAUGGGUGAAGAGCUGGCUUCGGUGGUGGGGGAUCUGUCGAACGACUACACCAUCGGCUUUGGAAAGUUUGUGGACAAAGUGAUCGAGCCUCAGACCGAUAUGAGACCGUCCAAACUCAAACAGCCGUGGCCCAGGAGUGAUCCUCCGUUCUCUUUCCAAAACGUCAUCAAACUCACCAGCAACAAGGAUUUCUUCAACAGUGAGCUGCGUAACGAGAAAAUCUCUGGAAACCUGGACGCUCCUGAAGGAGGCUUCGACGCCAUCCUGCAGGCUGCAGUCUGUAAGGAUCAGAUCGGCUGGAGGAACCACAGCACACACCUCCUGGUCUUCUCCACGGAGUCGGCCUUCCACUACGAGGCCGACGGAGCCAACGUGCUGUCGGGAAUCCUGCGGCGCAACGACGAGAAGUGCCACCUGGACGCAAAGGGUAAAUACACGGAGGACAUAAACCAGGAUUACCCCUCCAUACCCACACUGGUGCGUCUGUUGAAAAAACACAACAUCAUCCCCAUCUUCGCCGUCACCAACCACUCCUACACCUACUACAAGAAACUGAAGGAGUAUUUCCCCAUCGCUGAGGUCGGCCUGCUGCAGGAGGAUUCAGCCAACAUCCUGCAGGUCAUGCAGACAGCCUUCAAGAGUAUCCGCUCGAAGAUGAGCAUCCAAGAAGAGGAGAGACACAAGGCCUUCAAGGCUCAUUUCCUGACCAGCAGUGGACAAGUGGCCGAAUAUGGAGCCUUUGAUUUCAAGCCCGGUUCCAUAGGUAAGUUGAAGAUGAAACUCAGAGCGCAGCGGAUGAUCGACGAGACUCCGGUGUGUCAGGCGAAUCCCAGUGAGAGGGAGGGGAUCAUUAGGGUCAAACCUACGACCUUCAGCAAUGCUGUCAACGUUAAGGCCUCCAUCCUGUGUCCGAAAUGCGACUGUGAGAAGAAUCCCAUCCUUAAAGCUCCCAGGUGCAACGGUCACGGAGACCUGGUGUGUGGGAAGUGUCGCUGCUACGACGGCUGGCUCGGCACGUUCUGCAACUGCUCCGCCAGCGCCUCGGCUCUGGACACCAGCCAGUGCAUGGGCCCCAACAUGAAGGAGCCGUGCUCCGGUAACGGAGAAUGUCUGGCGUGUGGAACCUGCGUGUGCUACAACCCCGACAAGUACGAGGGGCCCUACUGUCAGUACGACAAGACCCAGUGUCCGCGAAACGGAGGCUUCCUCUGCAACGACCGUGGCUCCUGUGUUAUGGGCCGGUGUAUGUGCACAGAGGGCUGGGAGGGAAACGCCUGCGAGUGCACCAAGAGCAACCAGACCUGUCUGGACAGUAAGGGGGGUCUCUGUAACGGAAGAGGACGUUGUGUCUGCGGCCGCUGUGAUUGUCAGAGUGUCAGCUCUGAGUUCGAUGUGACUUCAACCUGUGAGCCAAACUUCCAGGCCCAGCUGGGCGCCUGUGAAGCUACGAGGACUUGUGUCCAGUGUCGAGCGUGGAACACAGGGAAGAACAAGGACUCGGACGAUUGUAAAAACAAAUGUCCCUUUAAGAUCAUCAUGGUGGACGAACUCAAAGAACGGGAGAGCGUGUUGGACUCCUGCAGUUUCCGUGACGAGGACGACGACUGUACGUAUUACUACACUGCUGAAAACACUAAAGACAAGGCAGACGGGAUCCUGGAGCUGCAGGUGCUCAAGAAGAAAGACUGUCCGGCUGCCAGCCUCCUGUGGCUGCUGCCUCUCCUCCUCUUCCUCCUGUUGCUGCUGGCUCUGCUGCUGCUCUGCUGCUGGAAGUACUGCGCCUGCUGCAAGAACUGCUUUCAGAGCUGUCUGGCCCUGCUGCCGUGCUGUAGGAGAGGGCGCAUGGUUGGCUUCAAGGAGGAUGAGUAUUUGCUCCGUCAGUCUCUGCUCACCUCAGACCACCUGGACACUCCCAUGGUGAGGACCGGUCCCCCCAAAGGGACGGAUGUGGUUCGCUGGAAGGUCACAGAUAAUGUCCACCGAGGAGCCAACCACCCCCUGGCUCUGAUGAAGCCCAACCCCAAAGAGACCAUCCAGUUCCCGGUCUCUCUCCGGCUGAACCGCCUCUUCUCUGAGAACCUGUCUCGCCCCGAGUCCAGAGACGCUGAGCAGCUCCGCAAGGAAGUGGCUGACAACCUGAAUGAGGUGUACAACCAAGUCACCGGGGGCCAGAAGGUGCAGAAGACCGCGUUCAGGAUGCAGAGGAAUGCUGGGAAAAGGCAGGACUACACCAUCGUGGACACCGUCCUGUCUGCUCCUCGCAGCAGUUACCAUGACAUCGUCAAACUCACAGAGAAGAAUGUCCAGUCCGGAAACUUCCACGAACUCAAAGUGGUUCCUGGUUACUACACUGUGGCCACAGACAGAGAGGCUGCAGGAGCCGUCGAGUUCCAACAGGGGGUGGAGUCAGUGGACGUUCACGUGCCGCUCUUCGUCAAGGAUGAAGACGAUGACAAGAAGCAGCUGCAGGUGGAGGCCAUGGACGUUCCACUGGGCAUCGCUGAGAUCGGAAAACGUCUGGUGAACAUCACCAUCAUCAAGGAGCACGCCUCCAGCGUGUUCUCCUUCCUCCAGCCCGCCUACACCUACAGCAGACAGGACGGAGUCGCCAAUAUCCCCAUCAGCAGAGAGAUCAUCGAGGAUGGACGCACACAGGUCACCUAUCGCACACGGGACCUGACGGCCAAGGACAAGAAGGACUAUGUGACUGUGGAAGGUGACCUGACCUACGGUCCUGGUGAGACCCAGAAGACAGUUCCUGUCCGUCUGCUGGAGCUGGGUGAGAAGGACGGCCUCCUGGAGGACAAACAGGUGAAGCAGUUUGUCAUGGACCUCAGUAACCCCCGGCAGGGCGCCAAGCUGGGACGCUACCCGAGAACUACCGUCACCAUUGCCGACCAACCAGAGCCCAGUGUGAUGAUGUUCAAGAAGGGCACCCAGAACUUCACCACAUCUGACCCGACCUACACCAUCCCGGUGGUCCGCAGUCGAAACACCGACAGUCCUGCCACGGUGAAAUGGCGCACCAAGAAGGCCCAGCGCUUCGAGCUGUCCGGCCCCCUCAAGUUCGGUCCCGGAGAGACCGAGAAGAACAUCGUGAUCGACCCCAAAGCCCAUCCUGGUCCCAUCCAGCCUGAGACCUUCCACCUGGAGCUGUUUGACCCCAGCAGUAAUGCUUCUGUUGGGGAGAGGAAGACCACCCUGGUCAACGUCACAGACGGAGCUCCUGAGUUUAUGAACCUGCAGCAGAAGGGCUUCAUCAACCAGAAGGCCACCUCCCCUGGUGGUCUCCUGCUUUCUCCAGGAAACCCUAAAGCCAAGCCAACUGGACCCAGAAGCAUUCGCCUGAACUGGGACCCACCGCAUGGUAACCCCGCGGGGUACAAGGUGAAGUACUGGAUCUACGGCGACCCAGAAAAAGACGCCCAGGUCCUGGACGUGAAGACUCCUCAGGCUGAGCUCACCAACCUCUACCCCUACUGUGACUAUGAGAUGAGAGUGUGCGCCUACAACUCAAUGGGAGACGGCCACAACACCGACAUCAUUCCCUGCCAAACCCUGGAGGAUGUUCCUGGUGAACCUGGACGUCUGGCCUUCAACGUCAUCAGUCCGACUGUCACUCAGGUCAGCUGGGCGGAGCCUGCAGAGACGAACGGAAACAUUACGGCUUAUGAGGUCAUCUACACGCCCAUCGACGACGAACAGAAGCCGGUGGGCCCCGCCAAGAAAGUUAAGAUCGACAACCCCAAGAAACGGAUGCUGCUGAUCGAGAACCUCCAGAGCGCCCAGACCUACCAGUACAAGGUCCGCGCCAAGAACAGCGUGGGCUGGGGUCCCUUCAGAGACGCCACCAUCAACCUGGCAUCACAGCCCACCCGACCUCUGUCCAUUCCCAUCAUCCCAGACGUCCCCAUAGUGGACGCAGAGGCAGGAGACGAGUACGACAGCUACCUGAUGUACAGCAAUGAGGUGCUCAAGUCCCCCACAGGCUCCAAGACCCCCAGCGUCUCUGGUGAUGAUUACACCGUGAACGGGAAGUGGGAUCAGAGCUUCCUCUACCCAGGAGGAUCAGCGACCCGCAACCUGUCCGCCUCCUCCUCUCCUAUGUCCACCCUGAGCUCCAACUACAGAGGGGGCGGCGGCUCCUACAGCACAGAGACAACCACCACCUACAUGACCGGACCAGGAAGCUCUCACAGACAGGACCUGAUGGGAGGGACAGUCCACACUUCAGAGGUCAUCAUGAGGAAGCGCUCAGAGAGAGGGCUUUACACAGACGAACACAUCCGGGACUCUAUCGUCAUGGGAGAAGUGUCGUCCAAGUUUCCAGCUCUUGCGCCCUCAGGUGGGUUUGGCUACGCUGGGAUGCAGAGCAGCUCUCAGAACCAGUUCAGCUACAUCCUGUCUCAGGGUCCCAGGGCCAGGACCCAGUCUUCAGAGGUCAACGAAGCCUUAUAUAAUCUGGACAGGGUGCUCCACGACGCUCGACUGUCCCCCGGUGUCCCUGACACCCCCAGCAGACUGGUGUUUUCUGCUCUGGGCCCCACGGCCCUCAAAGUCAGCUGGCAGGAGCCCCAGUGUGAGAAGGACAUCCAGGGCUACUGUGUCCUGUACCAGCUGCUCAACGGAGGCGACAUGAAGCGCAUCAACGUGACGAACCCAGCAGAGAACUCUGUGAUCAUCCAGGACCUGCUGCCCAAUCACUCCUACCUGUUCAAGGUGAAGGCUCAGAGCCAGGAGGGCUGGGGUCCAGAGAGAGAGGGCGUCAUCACCAUCGAGUCUGCUGUCGACCCCAAGAGCCCCCUCAGCCCCAUGCCAGGAUCUCCCUUCACUCUGAGCACCCCCAGUGCUCCAGGGCCCCUGGUCUUCACGGCUCUGAGUCCCGACUCUCUGCAGCUCAGCUGGGAGAAACCUCGCAAACCCAACGGAGACAUCCUGGGCUACGUGGUCACCUGUGAACAGCUGCACGGUGGAGGUGACGUGCGUUCCUUCCAGGUGAACGGCGACAGCGCUGAGACCAGUCUGACCGUCCCAAACCUGACUGAGAACGUCCCCUACAAGUUCAAAGUCCAGGCUCGGACCACACAAGGCUUUGGUCCAGAGCGGGAGGGCAUCAUCACCAUCGAGUCUCAGGAUGGAGGUGCACUGUCUCAGUUCAACAGCCAAUCAAUGACGACGAGGGAUGUCUUCCACCUGCCGACAGAAGUCAGCACACGGACCAACGUCUCACACACCAUGCUCAACGACCCCUACUUCUCAGACGGGAUGAUGAUGACCACACAGCACACAGAGACCAGCGGCAUGCUGACUCGUCAGAUCACCAAGGAGGUGGUUCAGAGGAGCGUCAUGGGCGGGACGACUGUCACCAAGAAGAUGUUCUACGAGUCAUAAGAUCUUAUUUAACUAAAUGUCCAACAUGAUCAUAUCUGAGAUUCUCUCACACACUCAGUGUUUAUUUUAUGUGUGUGUGAGCAGUAAACAAAGGAGAAGAGAGUUCCUUCAUGUCUGUUACAAACUGUGUGUCUUCCACAGACCAGGUUCAUUUAAUGUUUCCAUUACUGUCACUGUUGCUUCUCAUGUUUUCACUCGUUUCUCCACCUUCAUCCUCAUCUAGUGUAAAACUCCCUCUAUGGUUCAGGUCUGAUCACACACACCAGGGCUUUAAACUGACUGUGUAAUCUGACUAUGGUCCAGUAAUCUGACUGUAGAUCAGUAAACUGACUGUGGCUCAUUAAUCCAAAGUGACCUUGUCCACUUGUUAAGAAAAGAGCUGUAUAAAUAAAGUUUUCACUAAAUUUCAGCCCGUGUUGUGACUGAACCGUCAGUCUGAGUUUUACCUGGUGCGUUCUGAUCCAGUCUGAGACCAGGAGAAUCACAGUCAAGUAUUCUGGACUCUUGUUCAUAGAUUUGUAUAUUUAAGUUUUUCCAAGUAUAUUUAACUUUUUAUGGUUUUUAUUGAAGCAGACUGACGGUGGAUUUAAUACCAAACACAGAGGUUUCUGCAGACACAGGUUUGUGCUUGUUGAUUCAUGUUUUCCUUCUGACAUGAUCAUGAUGUAACAUGGUUUUAUAUUUCAGACGGUGUGGUCAACACUGCUUCACCUUCAUGUGUUUCUUUACAUUUUAACGAGGAGAUGUUUGAGAGAAGUGGUGUGUAAGGACAGAAAGAUUGUAUUUGCUUCAGUUUAUCUCGGCCUGAUGUUGUUGAUGUUUUUGUAAAACAUAUUUUUAGAGUUGGAUCAACUUUUCACCAGAAGCAGACACAGUAAAUCUUCAUGUAGAUCAGAUCCACGUGUAUCACUUUAAACAGUUGAUCUCAUCUGUCUGUUGUUUAAUUAAAGAUCUGACAUUAAAACGUUCUGUAAUGAA